UCUACAUUUUGAUAACAAUAAGAAAAUGUUACAAUUUCAAUAAUUUUUGGAAUCAUAAUGUGUUUUUUAAAAAAUAUGUUGUAGUAGUAAAUUUCAACUUAAAAUAAUGUGUAAUGUGUUGAGGACUUGUUAUGAACUUGGCUUUAUUCAAAGACUGAUGGGUACUACCGCGAGACCGAUGAAGAGAAAAUUUCAAACUACAACACAAUGUUUCGAUAAAACGCCGAAAACCCAAGUCGUAAGCGCCGACAAUUUUAAUAAUGUUCAAGAGAAAACAAAAAACACUUACUUGGACAUGUUGAGAAUGUAUCGCAUGCAGAAAUAUCGGUCGGGACACGUCGAGUUCAUCAACACGGCGAUCAAACACAUGGACGAAUUUGGCGUUUCCGAAGAUAUCGAAACAUACAAAAAUCUAAUUCAAGUGUUGCCUGCCGGUAAAUUUGUACCUCAGAAUUAUUUACAAUCGGAAUACAUGCAUUAUCCUAAACAUCAACAGUGCAUCAUCGAUUUAUUACAGAAAAUGGAAGACAACGGUGUGAUUCCCGACUGGGAAAUGGAAGACAUGCUUGUCAAACGGUUCGGCACUCGUGGUUACCCAGUAAGGCGUUAUUGGCGUAUGAUGUAUUGGAUGCCCAAGUUCAACAACCUUUCGCCUUGGCCAAUACCCAAACCGGCGCCAAACGAUCCUUAUGAAUUAGCGUUGUUGGCUGUGAAAAGGAUUUGCAGUGUAGACGUAGAAUCUGAAGUUAAAGUGUAUCACACCAAACAUUUACCUGAAAGCGUAGACGAUACGUGGAUCGUAAGCGGGCAAAGCCCCGAUCAAAAAAAGCUAAUCGAAAAGCAACAAGAAAACAUACCUGUAUACAUAGAAGGAGGUUUUAGGUUAUGGUUACGAAAACAAAGUAUAGUAUAUUUUAUUCUAAGGACCGAACCUCCUGAGGCAAUAGUUGAAGACAAUUUUGAUGAAGAUGAUAUAAGUAGUUUUAAAGUGCCUUUUUUUGACAAAAAAAAAGAAACAUCUAAUAAAAUAAAGCUAAAACAUACAGUCCACGAACAAGAGGACGGUACAAUAUUAGCCGUAUGUGCAUCUGGCACUUCUAGUAAAAAUUCACUGUUGUCUUGGAUACGGUUCUUGGAAAAGGAUGGUAAUCCAAAACUUGCCAAACUUCCAAUAUUGUUUAUGAGCAAGUCACCCCUAGGAAACGUAGAACCGUUGACCGAACUAAUUGAAGAUUCGAGAGAAUAUCAAAAAGAGUCGGAGAAAAAGAAGUCUUUAGAAGAGUAACAAAAAACAAUACCUUAUGUAAAUAGUCGAUCAAUUAGGAUUCAUUACACGGCUAACAAUUGAAUCGAACGAUAUUGACACCGGUGAUUCUGGAUAUAUCGAGCCAACAUAUUUUGAUGUUUCUGCAGACACUCUAGGAUCUAUCGGCACGGUUCCUAAAAAUGGCACUUGAUAAUAUUCGGCCAAUGAUUUUCCGCCGUUUGAUGAAAACAAAUUUGUACACUCCUGUAAAAAAAAAAAAAUUAAAAAAAAUUUCAUUAAGUU